CCUGAUACCAACAAAACAACAAAUCAUAGUUCUGUGACUGGUGUGACAUGAAGAUGGGCAUAUUAAGAAGAGCUCAAAAACAACCCUAUUUAGGGUGUUUCUGUGACACAGAACUUUAUUUAAAUAUUUAUACUCCCCUAAGUGUAGGCAUUUCUGCUUCCCAUUGGAGACAGUCAUUCAGCCUCAAUGGCCUUUCAGGAUCUCUUGAAUCAAGCUGGAAGUAUGGGGAGAUACCAGAUCCUUCAGAUGGUUUUCCUUCUGAUUUGCAAUGUCAUGGUGGCUCCUCAUGCUGUUUUGGAGAACUUUACUGCAGCCAUCCCUGGUCAUCGCUGCUGGGUCCACAUCCUUGACAAUGACACUGUCUCUGACAGUGACAGUGGAACCCUGAGCCAAGAUGACCUCCUGAGGAUCUCCAUCCCACUGGAUUCCAACCUGAGGCCAGACAAGUGCCGUCGCUUUGUCCAACCACAGUGGCAUCUGCUUCAUCUGAAUGGCACCUUCUCCAAUGUGACAGAGCCAGACACAGAGCCCUGUGUGGAUGGUUGGGUCUUCAUUCUAGUAGUGCAGAUGCACUGCAUGGCUGCAUCACUUCCUGUUUUCCUAGAAUUUAUGAACAAUAUCUUCUUGAGUAGGUGGCUGUCAGAUUCAGCUAGGUGGCUGAUUGUGACCAACAAACCCCAGAAGGGCUUACAGGAACUUAGAAGAGUUGCAUGCAAGAAUGGAGUGAAGAAUUCUGGAGGUGCACUGACCAUGGAGGUUGUGAGAACCACCAUGAGGGAAGAGCUGGAGGCAACACAAACAAAAUUUACAACAGCAAUCCCUGUAUUUGGCUUCAACAUCCAUCUCCAACACCUGAAAAGUAAUGUCUUCCUAAUGCAAUGUCUCUCUGCUGCAAUGUCCAUCCCAGCCUGUGUUGCUGGAAUGUUUCUACUGAACCACAUUGGCCGUAGAAUAAGUCAACUAUUCCUCUGUUUCCUGUUUGGAAUCACCAUCCUGGCUACAGUGUUUGUUCCUGAAGAAAUGCGGACUCUGUAUGCAGUUUUGAUAACACUGAUGGGAGCAAAUUCUUCUGUGAUUGCUAGCAGUAAUAAUCUACUCUCAAAUGAGCUACUCCCCACCGUGAUCAGGAUGAAAUCCACUUGGUCAUCAUAUACAAUCUUCUUCGUGUAUUCCUGAAUUCAGUUUGCAAGUAUUGUCUUAAGAUAUGGGAAUGGGGGUGGUUUGAGGCUAAAGGCUUG